CCUAAAGGUAUAUUUAGUUAUGUUAGCUUACAAAGCAUACACAGAAAAGACGUAUCUACAUUAGAACCGGUGGUAAUCAAACCACAAAAAAGUUUAUUACAUCUAUGCUUUUUACGAAGUUAUUACCAUUGUGUCAUGCAGCUUUCUUGAAACAGAAAUUCGUGUACUUCGGUUAUUUGCUACAACAAAUACGGUCAUUACGUUGAUCGGCCUAAGCAUUGUCUUGCGCGAUUGCUGCCCGACGACACACACAGAUUAACUGCGCGCCAAAGUUCAAACUAAGCCAGCUGAUAGGCGUCAUCUUAAACGUCGGAAGCUGACGUGUAUGAGUUUUUCCUGCGUUGUUCGAAUCGAGAGUUUGGUGCUACUGUUUCGUUAGUUGAUAGGCUGGUGGUGUGUUGUUAAUAUUGUAGAGUGUUUCUAGGUGGAGGUCGGUUUGGUUAUAAAAGUGAAGUUCCGGCUAGUAGAGUGCAGUGUGUGAAGUCCACCUGGAAUGAGCCUCCAAAUUCUACAGUGCACACGAUCGCAACAACCGAGUGAUAUACCCAAUCACAGUCUCGAUAGAAACGCACAGUUGGUUACAAGCAGCAUGAACAAUAACAGUAGUAAUAACAAUCAACAACAGGAGUCCACGGGACAGCAACAGUGGUUUCAGCCACCUGUAACAGGAACGCCCGUUAUUCAGGUACCCCCCUAUAGGCCCUCAGGAACUAAUGUUUUACCACAGCAACAGCAGCUUUACGCCGACCAGGUCAAUUCCGCUCCUCCACAGCAGAACUAUGGCCACGCAAUGCCCCCUCCCCCAGGAGGUUUCCCGCAGGAUGUUCGCAACACCAAUGCGCCUGCAACAUGCCCACCUGUCAAGCAAAAAACUGUUUCAUCUACCUGCACGCCAGUUUCGUUCAAUCAAGCGCAUCCACCGGGGUCGCCAGGAGGCUUCCCUCAGCCUGCCAAUAACUUCCAGGCUCAAAACCUAUUCGGUUCUUUAUCACAGAAGCUUCCACAACACAAAGAAAUACCCAUGUACAAUAAUCAACAUCAACAAGAGCAGCCUUUAUUAAAUGGACCACCAGUGAAGCAAACGACUUUCAAUGGGGUACAACAGACUGCUUCAAAAAAUUUCGGUAUGGCAUUAGGACCGGCGGUUAAUGGGCUUCCUCCAGGACCUCCACCAUGCUCUCCAAUUACGAGCCCCCAACAACCCGGAACGUUUAUAAAUGAACCGCCCCAAAAUGUAGGAUUCUCGCAUGCCGGUCGUCUAGGACCUCAUCAAAAUAAGGGCCUUCAGAAUACCAGUUACCCUGGACCUCCGCUUACAACUGUGCCCCCGAUACCGCCAAUUAACAAUGGACCUCCGGUUCCAACAAGUUUAGCCGUACCUGCAAGACCUCAGUAUAAUGACACAGCAAUCGGUCCUGGUGGGUAUCAACCGGAGUCACCUCCCCGAGGGUCGAUACCUUUUGGAGUGCCCGUAAGCAGCCCGCCUCAAGUGCCUCCUCUUCAAGAUCAUCCGACAACAUCUUCACUGCAAGGUUUACCUCAAGGAGGACCAGCUCAGGCUCGCCGACCAAUGUAUCCAGCAGCAAAUCAGCAAUCACAGUCUGCUCCUCAAAUGGGCCGUACAGGACCUCAAUAUAACGGCCAAGGCUACCCCAAUGGAGAUAAUGGAGAUUACGCUUCAAAUCUAGUUAGUCCUAUGGCUGGGCUAUCAGUUCGGGAAGGUAUGAAUAAAUUGUGGGGUGUUGAGCCCGUAAACCUUCUUCAGGAACGUGACGUACUCAAUGCUCAGCUUCCUUUGAGCGAAUUAUCGAGUAGAAAUUGUUCUCCGGAUGUCAUGCGCUGCACAAUGGUAAAGGUGCCUGAGACGUCGUCGUUGCUACAGAAAUCCCGAUUGCCACUUGGAAUCUUGCUGCAACCAUUUAAAGACUUACAGGGGCUGCCUGUUCUCCAGGUCCCAACAAUUGUACGGUGUCGAGCUUGUCGAACCUAUAUCAAUCCGUUUAUCCAGUUUAUUGAUCGAACACGAUGGAAAUGCAACAUAUGUUUCAGGCUGAAUGACUUACCAGCCGACUUCCUGCAGGAUCCCGUCACGGGGCGAUUCGGAGAUCCCGAGUUGCGGCCGGAAAUUAAGCACGGAACCGUGGAAUACAUCGCGCCCACCGAAUACAUGGUCCGGCCACCGCAAGCGGCAACGUAUCUCUUCGUGAUGGAUGUGAGCUUUCAAGCAGUCGAGACUGGCUAUCUCAAGGUCACCACUGAUCAGAUUCUAGAAUGCCUCGACCAUAUUCCGGGAGAUGGUCGGACAACAAUUGGGUUUAUUACCUUCGACUCUGCCGUCCACUUUUACUCCCUCGAUGGAGGAAGCGGAUUGCCUAGACAAAUGGUGAUAACUGAUGUGAAUGACGUUUUCAUUCCAACACCAGAAGAUCUUUUGUGCAAUUUAAACGAAUGUAGAGAGCAAGUCCGGGAAUUGCUGUUAACUUUGGGGAAGACACAGUCCGGCGGUGGGGGCAACUGUCUGGGUGCCGCCCUUCAGGCAGCCUACAAGUUGCUCGCGCCCGUUGGAGGCCGUGUAUCAGUGUUUCAGUGUUGUCUACCGAAUCUGGGUCCAGGUGCACUCCAGUCGCGGGAGAACCCGAAUGAACGCUCGGCUAAAGAUGUCGUCAAUCUGAAUCCAGCGACCGAUUUCUACAAGAAACUCGCUCUCGACUGCUCAGGCCAGCAGAUUGGCGUCGAUCUCUUUCUACUGAGCUCGCAGUUCGCUGAUCUGGCGACUCUAGCAGGCAUCUCGAAGUUUUCCUCAGGCCAUGUGUACUAUUAUUCACGAUUCCACGUUACGCAAACGCCCGAUCAGGUGGAGCGCUUUUCGGGUCAGCUGCGCCACUAUUUGACUCGCAAGGUCGGUUUUGAGUCAGUGAUGCGGAUUCGCUGUACGAAGGGUCUCCAGCUGCACACGUUCCAUGGGAACUUUUUCGUCCGGUCGACGGAUCUGUUGUCGUUACCAACCGUCAAUCCGGAUACGGGCUAUGCUAUGCAAGUAAGCAUCGAGGAAAAUUUAACAGAGUACAACGCGGCCGUAUUCCAGGCCGCUGUGCUGUAUACGUCGUCGCAAGGCGAAAGGCGAAUCCGAGUUCAUACGUUAUGUCUACCGGUAUCGGCCCUUCUGCCAGACAUCUUGCAAGGGGCCGAUCAAGAAGCCGUGGUUGGUUUGCUAGCCAAGAUGGCGGUUGAUAGAAGUCUUAGCUGUUCGGUUAGCGACGCCAGAGACGCUCUUAUCAACGCUGCCAGCGACCUCUGCCACGCAUAUUCACUUACUCAACGCUCAACCGCUGGCGGGCUAAUGAUUAUGCCCAACUGCAAAACACUUCCGCUAUACGUGCUCGGGUUACUAAAGCAACGAGCAUUCCGUGUCGGUGUAUCGACGAAGCUGGACGAUCGAAUAUACGAUAUGGAGCUGAUUAAGAACCUCCCGCUAGACAAAUUGUUACUACAGAUUUAUCCGGCGCUAUAUCCACUUCAUCUGCAGUUGCCACCCGACCAAUUACCACCGCGGCUACAGCUAUCGUUCGAGAAGGUAGACAAGAAUGGACUGUACUUGCUGGAAACGAUUGACACGUUGUUCGUCUAUGUAGGCGGAAGGCUAUCACCGCAACUACUCCAGAACGUAUUUGGAGUGUCAAAGUUCUCGCUGCUACCGGAUUCGAUGACAAGCUUGCCUGAGCUAUCGAACGAGAACUCUGAACGGAUUCGCGAUUUCGUGUCGUACGUUGGCGAUCGUCAUACGGUCACCCCUCCACUACGGGUCAUCCGAGAGGAUUCACAAAUUCGCCAACUAUUUACGCAAUAUAUGGUCAAUGACCGAGGCGAGAGCGUCCUCUCCUACUACGAAUUUCUACAGCAUCUACGCAACCUGCUUGAUUCUUACUAAGUCAUUCGUUUCCGUAUCCCGGUGAUCGUCUACGAUUUCGCCUUCCUGUUUGUUGAAUUGGUAGAAUUUUAUAUGACUGAUGUUGCUAUCUCCGAUAAUCUAAUCUACCAACAAGUGGUUUGUAUUUUUUGGAGGUUUACAUUCGCUUGUUCGUAGGAGCUACGACGCAAAGUGAUGACAGGUCUAAAUCUAGGCGCGACAACUCAUAGGAGUGAGUUGCUACAGCUUAAGCUGCCAAUAGAAAAAGUUACGCUGCUGAUCAUUAUAGACAAGGAACUAAUUAUUAAAAAAAAAAAAAGACCCGUUCGAACCAUAAUUUUCGAAAGGGCUGGGCCUACAGGUAAGGGUGUCAAAAAAAGGACAGAAGCAGUCAUCUUCAAGUAAGUUGGGGUGAUUGUUCAUAGGUACAAGAAAAGAACAAGCGAUUUGUGAUUGGACGUGACAACGUCAGUAUUUGGCAUCGUUUUUUUGCACUAGAAACUUGAUUAGUUUAGCUAAAAAUAAAGAACGAGAAGCAUCAACUACGGCACUCCUAAGUAACGAUAGAGGAUGGUUACAAAAAGAUAAGGCUUAACACACUUAACAUGCGAUGCAGAACAGGCGAAUCCCGCAGUACCAUGGACUGCUAAAUGGCGAAGGUUGGUAGCGGCAUCAGUUGGGUGAGAUAAGGCAAGUAGUGGCAUUUGACAUUUGAGCGCGUUCACCCUGCAGGAAUUUUCCGUAUAGGCUAGCGUGUUUAUUUUUGUUUACAGUUCAAUUUGUCACACCAGCACAUUUGACAAAAUAAAUGUUGUUCUGUGAGCGAU